AUGGAAACUUCAGAUUCUGGAUCUCCAUUGACUGCGCGUGCCAAAUUCAAAUUUGAGGGAACGAAUAAUGACGAGGUGGGUAUUUUUUGAGUUUAUUAUGUAAUUUUGUUCGAAAUUUUCAGUUGAGUUUUGAUAAAAAUGAUAUUAUCACAAUCACUCAACAACAAGAUGGUGGAUGGUGGGAAGGAACACAUGGAGGUUUGACUGGAUGGUUUCCAUGUGCCUAUGUGAAUCUGAUCACUGAAAAAGGUAUGUCUUUUUCUUUAUUACUAAAAUUCAUUUUUCUAAUUUAAAAAAAAUUUUCCAGAUAAACUCAUGCGCUCGAGAUCUGUCCCAAAUACCACUGCAAAAGGUAGGUAGUUUUGAAAUUGUUUUGUUUAGAGAUAAAGAACUAUUUUUCAGAACUUGUUGGUGCUUUGAAUCAGCCUGAUUAUCGUGCUGAUGUUCUUAUUGAUUACACAAAGCAUGAGAAGGAAUAUAUUGAUAAUAUGACUAGGACGAUUAGUAGUAUUCUUUUACCGAUUGGAAAAUCUGGAUUGUGAGUUUUUUGUGAUAAUUAUACUCAAACUUUGUUAAUUACAAGAUAUAUAAUGAAUUUGAUAAACAAAUUUUAAUUUCUUGCUCAAAAAAUGACCCGGUGUAAAAUACAAAUCGAUUUGAAUCUUGCACUCGAUGAGGUCAUCACCCAAUUUUUCGAAAUAAUUUACAGAAUUUCUAGUUUUUUGUGAUAAUUAUACUCAAACUAUGUUAAUUAGGAGAUAAUAAUGAAUUUGAUAAAUAAAUUCAAAUUUUGCUCAAAGAAUGACCCGGUGUAAAAUACAAAUCGAUUUGUAUCUUGCACUGGAUGAGGUCAUCACCCAAUUUUUCGAAAUAAUAUAUAGAAUUUCUAGUUUUUUGUGAUAAUUAUACUCAAACUAUGUUAAUUACAAAAUAAUAAUGAAUUUGAUAAACAAAUUUCAAUUUUUCGCUCAAAAAAUGACCUGGUGUAAAAUACAAAUCGAUUUGAAUCUUGCAUUGGAUGAGGUCAAAACGGUUAUUUUGAAAUAGGGAAAAACAUUUCCAAGAAAAAUUAUUUUCAUCUCACCCAUCCAACAUUACCUAAAUUUCAGAGUAAAUGCGAACGACUAUGACCUAUUGGUUGGAAAUUUUGAAGAAAUCUAUACUCUUCAACGAACUCUUCUAGAAACUGUAGAAAAUGAGAAACAGUAAGUCAAAUUCUGGUUUUUUCUUCAAUAUCCAAAUUUAAAAUUUUCAGACUUGAGCUAACAAAACAAAAAGUUGGUGGAAUUUUCAUGAAAUCUGCAGGAGAGAUUAGAAAUGCUUUAUCAAAAUAUGCUGAAAAUCAUCCAAAAGCUGUUGAAGUUAUCAAGGAAAAACAAAAAGGCCUUGAGAAGAUUUUGAUUGAAAAUGAGAGAGACUACAAAGAUUUGGUUUCUGGAUUGAGUGAACCAUUGAGACAUAUUGAUAAAUAUCACACAAUGCUGCAAGAAUUGGAACGAAUCGUGCCAGAAAAUCAUCCAGAUCGAGGAGAUUUGCAAAGAAGUGCUUCGGUUUUCAGAGAAACAAAAGAUAUUUGUGAGCAAGUUCGAAAACAAAAAGAGGCACAAUUGGAUUUUCUUGCUUUAUCAAAAGUUGAGAAAAUUGUGCCAUUUCCAGAAAGAGGAACUAUUUUAUAUGUUGGAGUUGCAAGUGUUGAUAUUAAUGGGGCAAAUUCAAUUGAUCGAUUCAUUGCGCUAUUCACAAAAUAUAUCAUGUUUUUCGAAGUUACUACUAAUAUGGCUUAUUCGAUUAAAGAGAAGUACCCAGUUUCUGGAUUCAUUUUAAGAAAAAAAGAUGUGGAUGAAUUUGUGAUCGGUAGGUUUUUAUACUUAUUGUAAAUAAACUGAAGUUUGGUUAUAUAUAACCGAUAAUUAGUUGUUCGCUCGAUUUUCAAAAAUUGAAACCUUUUUCCAGAAAAACCUGGCACCGAAAUCAAAUUCAAUCUCACUUCUUCAGCUGGUGAAUUAGAUAGAUGGGUUAGCGCAUUCACCAAAGCUGAAAAUGUUUCAAUUGGGACAAGUCUUCAAAGAAAACCAUCUAAGGGACCACUUGAAAAUGUAAGACUUUAUCUAUUUUUCUUCUGGAAAACCUAAACAUUUACAGGAAUAUGCGCUAAUUUCAAAACCUCCACUUCCACAAGCACCAGCUGAAAUUGUGACAAGAAGAAGAAGCUCAAAAUUGUAUGUUAUUCUAGGAAAAAUAUAAAAAUUGCAUUUUUUUCCAGACAAGAAGAUUCGUUUAACGGUUUGAAAUUUGAUCAUGAACUCGAGAUGAUUCUCCCGGAGGGUAUGACUUUGCCAUCGUCGAGUCGGAAUUCUAGAAAUCCACCCGAGAACUUCCAAUUUGCCCACCUACCAACAUAUUUCUUGGGUGGAAAUAAUCACAAAAAACGAAAUGAAAAUGGUUUCAAAAUGCGAAAAGAUGCGGCGAAAGAAGAAGAACAUGAUUUUGAGAUUCUUCGAAUAAUUGAAGCAUUCUGUGCCGAUACAUCUGAUUUGAUUGAGGAAAAUGGUUCAAGUUUUUAUGUUUCACAUGAAAAUUAUCAGCCUCAAGUUAUUGUUGCGGAUGAGGAAAAGAUUUUGGUGGAGGAGAAAAUUGGCGAUGAAGUUGUUUUUCAAGAAAAAAGUAUUGUUGAUGCUGUUUAUUCCAUCAAAGAUCAGUUGUCAAUGUUGCAAAAUGAGUUCGAGAAACUCUCCAAGGUAUGUUAUUAUGCAAUUGUGAAUUACAGUAGCGUGCAAAAAGAUACGAACACCCUGCAAUUGUAUCGUUUCACGGGACCUAGUGGUCCAAUCGUUCUGAAAUUUUUUGGGAGUGUUACUGGGGCUCCAAAAAGCUUUUUCUACAAGCGGGAUAUUGUAGUUACUAGCUGAAGAGUUUGAAGAACUCGGAUAUCAAACAUCAAUUUUUAGAUAUUUUCACAAAGUUCAAAACAUCGUUGAAAAAAUAUUUUUUUAGUCUUAAUUAUCAUCAACUUUUAUUUUUUAUGUCUUCAGGAAGACAUAAGCUCUCGAUUCCGACCUCAACUUAAUGAUUUCAUUACCUACAAGGUUCAUUCUGAAGGUUCUAGUAAGACCAUCCAGAGAAUCUGAAAAUGCACAAAUCUGGAUUUUUUAUGAUAUUUUAUCGUUGAAAUGUGUUCAAAACACUCUAAACUGGUCAUUUGAACCAUUCUACACAAAAUUCCAAUCAAUUCCGAAGUUUUAACUCAAUUCGCACAUCACUGCAUUUUCGAUGUUUUUCUAGAUCUUUGAUUCCACAUCAUCAACAACAUCAAAAUUGACUUUUCAUUGAUCGAACUUGUUCUUUAGAUGACUGUUCAUGUUCAUCAAGUGUCAUGAAUGUGCUAGCAGUCGUAAUUUGAGAUUGCUAGAAGCUGAAAGCUGACCUCUAUGAAAACUCUUCAUUUUCAAUUGGUUUCCUUUAUAAAAUUACCCUACUUUGGUAGUUCGAUGUUUAUCGAUCUGCUAUUGAGCCGAAGAAUUUUUUGAGUGGAAAUGAUGAAUUGUUCAGUGUUUAGAACUUCUUUAAGAAUUAGUUCGAUCAAUGAAAAGUCAAUUUUGAUGUUGUUGAUGAUGUGGAAUCAAAGAUCUAGAAAAACAUCGAAAAUGCAGUGAUGUGCGAAUUGAGUUAAAACUUCGGAAUUGAUUGGAAUUUUGUGUAGAAUGGUUCAAAUGACCAGUUUAGAGUGUUUUGAACACAUUUCAACGAUAAAAUAUCAUAAAAAAUCCAGAUUUGUGCAUUUUCAGAUUCUCUGGAUGGUCUUACUAGAACCUUCAGAAUGAACCUUGUAGGUAAUGAAAUCAUUAAGUUGAGGUCGGAAUCGAGAGCUUAUGUCUUCCUGAAGACAUAAAAAAUAAAAGUUGAUGAUAAUUAAGACUAAAAAAAUAUUUUUUCAACGAUGUUUUGAACUUUGUGAAAAUAUCUAAAAAUUGAUGUUUGAUAUCCGAGUUCUUCAAACUCUUCAGCUAGUAACUACAAUAUCCCGCUUGUAGAAAAAGCUUUUUUGGAGCACCAGUAACACUCCCAAAAAAUUUCAGAACGAUUGGACCACUAGGUCCCGUGAAACGAUACAAUUGCAGGGUGUUCGUAUCUUUUUGCACGCUACUGUAUAUCCCCGAAUAAGCUCUAAAAAGCUCACCAAACAUCAACGUUUCAAACCAAUAGAGUUACAAAUAAGAAAACUUGAAUAUUAAUUAAAAAUUUAUGAAAUCAAUUCAAUCAAAUAUGCAAGAUUUUUGAAAUUCAUAAAUAUAUCCGAAUAUUCAGUGAAUGUUCAAUGAGCUUCCCGGAAUUCGAAGUUAAUUUACUGUGCUGUGCAAAAUGAAAACCUUGAUUUUAAAUUAAAUAGGAGAAUUCAAUUUCAACAAGUUCAACGGUGAAAUGAAUUUUCAAAAAAUAAUUUCUCUACAUAAUGUUUCAUUGUAUUUUUGUUUUCGAUUUUUUGAAAGUAGCUAUAAAUUAAAAUACUCAUAACUCGAAAUCAAAUUUGUCUCACUUGAAGCUCAGCAAAUUGCAUGAUCCCUUUUUCAAAAAUCAACCUAAAAAUGCUCAUAAAUUAAACCACAUACACACUUUUCAUCCUUUUCACCCUGCUGCAAAGUAUAUGACGUAUUAGUCAUUCUCUAUGAAUUAAUUGAUCAUUUCAGACAGUUGAACAUGAGCAAAAAGCUCGUCGUCGACUUGAACAUACAUUGCCGAAAAUAACUGGAAUUUCAUCACCAGAUGGAAGUUUGAGUAUGUCUCGAAAAGAAAUCAAUUCAAUGGAAUGA